GUACCAAAAUUAUAGAAGAUAAAUAGCAUGCUAAGAGGAAUAAGAGGGUAUACUGUCUUCUCAGAACAGAUUUAAGAAGUUGGAAAAAUGAGAAGCCCAUUCUUUGGGGACAGUUUAAGAGAAAGUGUAAAAACUUCUAAUGUGACAUCUGCCCCUUGAGGCUUUCAAGGCCAGGUGUAUCAGUUGGACUGAAACUCCUAGCUAAAUAUUUCAUCUCUAACCAGUGGCUGAAGCUUAUGCCGCCUUAUAACUCCUCAGAGUAUCUUCCCUGCUCUUUUAGAACUAGGUUUCAUGAACCAAAGAUGGCAUCUGUAUUGAGUGGCCCUUACCAAUUUGUUUUUCUGUGAAUUUGUCUGAAAAACAUUAUUUCUACACUACACAUGGAUAACUUUUGGUUCUCAAAUACAAACUUCACCUCACUUUCAAAAAUGUUUGAGUACUUUCAUUCCACUUUUUUACACAGUUGGGAAAACUGGGAACACAGGAACCUCGUCUGUGUGAGAAACAGAUAAUCUGGUUCAAGAUCUCAGCUGUGUGUUUUAGCCAUCAUAUAAUUUCACAUGGCCUUUGUGCAAUGUUACUGUUUGGAAUUUACCCUGGGAGAGUUUUGCAGCCUUUUUUAAAUGUUUUUCAGCAGUUGUGUUUUCUAAAUAUAUUUUCACAAUCUUUGCUUUCACAAUCAUCACUACUUUUUUUAAGUAGCUUUAAUAUAUCAAACAAGUGCUAUUGCAUUAAAUAUAAUUAAAGUAAUUUUAAGUGGUAAUUUUUGAAAGCUUUUAAAAGUUGCUGAAUAAACCUGUAGUAGAACCUGUCUUCACAGAACAAACGAUUCUAACUAUGGCUUGCGCUUCUUCCUAUAGUCUUAUCGUGUAGCAGAUUACUUGCUCGUAACUGUUUUAGAAUACAUUCCAUGGAAAUAUCAAAGCGUGAUUAUAAAGAAGAUUUAAAUUUUUAAAAGGGCUUUCACCUUUCUUGGUUUCAUGCUUAAUUUUUACAACACUCAAGAGUUAUUCCUAUUUGCAUUUUGUAGUUUUAUUUUUGGGAUGUGUCUUGUCUAGUCUAAGCAGACGCUGAGCCACAGAGUAAAAUAUGAAGGUUGAACAGCAAGCAAGUUAGCAGUCCAAAUGUAGCCUUCUGUUAGAAGUGUCGGCAGAGACAAAGAUAAAUAUGGAGAAUGAAUGGAAUAAGAUGAGGGAAAGUUCAAGUGAUAGCAUGGAAUAGUGUGUGCAAUUAGAGAUUAUUAAAAAUGCAAAAAUAAUUUUCUAACACAUGCAAAAAAAAAAUCCUGUCAGGUUUUUUUUUAAACUUGGGGAGGGAACCACAUAAUAAACCAAAAUAUUUUCUUUAAUCAUAUUCAGUCUCUGAAACUAUGUUCUGUGUUGUUGUCUCUUUCUGAAUGUUUCCCUGUUGGUUUUUAGGUUUCUGCCCUCUACAUUGUACUUCAGUGGAAUCACUCUGCUGGAACAAGAUAAUGUUGUCUUCAACCCAUUGAAGGAAAAGGAAUAUUUGUUCAUACUUAUGAUGGUUUGACAUAACUAGUGUUUUAUUAACCAUGAUGGCAACACAGACAUUAAGUAUAGACAACUAUCAAGAUGGACAACAGAUGCAAGUAGUAACAGAGUUAAAAACUGAACAAGAUCCCAACUGCUCUGAAACUGAUGCAGAAGGGGUGAGUCCUGCCCCUGUAGAAUCUCAGACUCCAAUGGAUGCAGACAAGCAAGCCAUUUACAGGCACCCACUAUUUCCCUUGUUAGCACUAUUAUUUGAAAAAUGUGAACAAUCUACACAAGGCUCAGAAGGCACAACUUCUGCUAGUUUUGAUGUAGAUAUUGAAAAUUUUGUAAGGAAGCAAGAGAAAGAAGGAAAACCCUUUUUCUGUGAAGAUCCAGAAACUGAUAAUUUGGACACUGCCUUUUUUGAAGACCCCCAUGAGUUUUUUGUUUCAUUUGGGAUGGUAAAAGCAAUACAAGUUCUACGUAUCCACCUGCUUGAGCUAGAAAAGGUUAAUGAACUCUGCAAGGAUUUCUGUAGUCGUUACAUUGCCUGCCUGAAGACAAAAAUGAACAGUGAAACUCUAUUAAGUGGAGAGCCUGGAAGUCCUUAUUCACCUGUGCAAUCUCAGCAAAUUCCAAGUGCCAUUGCUGGCACACUCAGUCCCCAAGGGAUUAUGGUGCCAGCAUCAGCAUUGCAGCAGGGAAAUGUAACUAUGGCAACAGUAGCAGGGGGAACAGUGUAUCAGCCAGUCACUGUGGUCACUCCACAAGGUCAAGUGGUGACACAAGCACUGUCACCUGGGACUAUUCGGAUCCAGAACUCUCAGCUUCAGUUGCAAUUAAACCAAGAUCUUGGCAUCUUGCAUCAAGAUGAUGGCUCAUCAAAAAAUAAAAGAGGAGUUCUUCCCAAGCACGCCACAAAUGUGAUGAGAUCUUGGCUUUUUCAGCACAUAGGGCAUCCAUAUCCAACAGAAGAUGAAAAGAAACAGAUUGCAGCACAAACAAAUUUGACACUACUCCAGGUUAACAACUGGUUUAUCAAUGCUAGAAGGCGAAUUCUUCAGCCGAUGCUGGAUUCCAGUUGUUCUGAAACUCCAAAAACAAAGAAGAAAACAGCUCAGAACCGACCAGUUCAGAGGUUCUGGCCUGACUCCAUUGCCUCAGGAGUUGCUCAGCAGCAGUCUAAUGAGCUCACGAUGUCAGAUGGUGCUGUUGUUACAAUUACAGCUCCAGUCAACAUGAAUGUAGACAGUCUCCAGUCUUUGUCAUCCGAUGGUGCUACUUUGGCUGUUCAGCAAGUUAUGAUGGCAGGGCAAAGUGAGGAUGAGUCUGUAGACAGCGGUGAAGAUGAUGGAGGAGAUCUCUCAACAACAAAUAUCAGUGGGCUGGUCUUGGAUAACAGCGAUUCUCUGCAGUAGGAAGCAAGAGAGUGUGACAAAAUGUUUAGGAAAAAGAAUGAACUGACUGACUGUUUUUAUAGUUUGCACAGCAAACAUUUUACACAAGUUUUAUUUCUAAUAUGUUUUAUAUGUAGAUAUAGAAGGGUGCACUUUUUUGUAUUUCAUAGUAAGCUUAAAGAGUGUUUUUGCAGGUGCAGCAACUUCUUUCAAAUGUGUUGUUCUAUCAUUUCUUUUCCUUUUUCUUACUUCAGAAAAUUAUAUCUAGUAAUAUAAAGAACCACAUAAGCACCCCUUUGUUCUAUGAAUUGGAAGUGCUGCAAUUUCUAAAAAGUUACGCAGUUUCAAUUAGUGCUGUUAUUUAACACAGCUCUUGAUGGGCAGGUGAUGUAAAUUUAAAGCAUGUGACACUAGUGUGUGGAACUUGAUGGUUAAGUUAGAUGCAUAUAUUUGAAAGAUGCUUCUGCACCUUAAAAACUGCUAGUCUGAGGUGGACAGCAACACACAUAAAAAGAAAAUGUUGAUGUGUGAUUCAGUAGCGAAUGUAUGGCAAUUUAAAUAAGUUUAGUUUCUCUCAUAGUCCGUGAGCCUGUUUAUCAUUUGCUAUAAAAACUCCUAUUUUUACCUUGCCGGGGUUAUUGGAUAAAAAAUAUUUUUAUAAAUUCACUAGGAAUUGGGAUGACGACUGUAUUAAGCAGGAGGAAAAAAAAAAAUUUCCAGAGGGGAAAAAUAAAUGUUUAGUAUUCCUAUUUGGAAGGUCUGAAAACUGACCAAAUUUAAUAAACAAGCCUACACUAGCAUUCUAUGGUUCUCAGCUAUCCCACAGUGAUAUACUAUAUUUGAUAAUAGCAUAAGAAGGGCCCACUGUUCGAUGGGAUUUUGAUAUUGUCAAACAUUGAUUUAUAUUAUGUGUAAACUAAUAUUCAGAUUACAUUAACUCUGUAUCUAGACUUGUAUCUGAAGAUAUUUGCUAAAUGACUAUUCAGGUAAGUAAAUUCAAAUACCCAUAACUUUUCCGGUUAUUAGAGAAGCUUAACAGUUUAUAGUUUAUACAACUGCAUCUGAAAAAUGAAAAGUUGCCUACUAUACAGUCAUGAAUUCUGCUAUCAUUCUGCUAUUUUAUUGCAUUUGAAAUAUUUUCCCCUAAUGCAAAAAGACUAUAUCUUACGGAUUUAUAUAAAAUUUCUUCAAAUCUGAAGGUCACUACCAGAAUAUACAGCAGGCUUUAUUAGAGUAGAAAAUUUUUGUGUGUCAUUUAAAAACUAAAAGCUAGUGAUGAAAAGGCUUUUUUUUUUUUUUUUUAAAUGCUAACAGUUAAUUUUUUUUUCCCCCAAAGUUUGGAGUCUGUGUCUGUCUAUCCAUGAACACUUACUUUUGGAACUUUGUAGUUCCCGUUGUUAAGUACAAAUAGCAGACUCCAAGAGUCUCAUGGUAUGAUCAACAUCCUCUUUCCCCCCUGUCCAUUUGUCACAGUGUUGGAUGAGAUCAAAGCCAGAACUUCCUUCUGAUUUAGACCAAAUCUAGUUGCAUUUCUAACAUGACAGGGAAGAAGACGUUAGCUUUUAGAAUCUUCAGAUAUUGUAUUUGAACAAAGGCCUUUGACAGAUGCAAGUAUUUAACUGAAUACUUAAUUUCUGCUUCACAAAACACUCAGGCAUGUGCUUAGGUCCCAUUGAUUUCAGCAGGAUUAACAUGUGUACUUUUUGACAUACUCAGAUGGUUGGAAGUUGGUCUCUAAAGAUUUUCUUCCAAGGCAAGUGUAAGUUGGUAUGGUCAGUAGCGCUGGCAUACAUACAUGGAGAAUACAGACAUACAUGGAGAAUAAUACUAGUUUUCAACGACUAGUAGCUAUUUUGAAAAAUUGGCAUUGGCUUUUACUCAACACAAGUGGUGCUUCUGCUAUGGCUUUUGCUUAUUCCUGGCUGCAGAUCUUGCUUCUUAGUUCAAAUACUGUAAUGAUCUACUCCAGCUGGAGUGGUAAUUUCUGAUGAAUUUGUUUUCUUCUAACUUCUCUGCUUUGCCACUAACAUGCCAUGUUUGUCAAAAAGCAUAGUAAAUGAAUAAUGAAAGAUGUAAUUAGGAAGGCUUUGAUAUAGCAGAAUUAUGUCAAAAGCUAUUGCCAAAUCCAGUUUGACCCCAAAACAUUUAAAAAGACAGCUAUCAAGUACAGAUCAUGCUACUUUGGAAACAUUCAACGUACUGCUGCUAUAAAGGAUACCUGAGAUGACUAGAACUGAGAAACAGAUUCUGUAUUUUUCUUUUUUCGUCGUCGUUUUUGAUUUAACUCCGAAGUGCUUCAUCACCCCCACAGUUUCCAUUAUAUAGUGGGUUAUACGUUUUGGUUUGUUUGGAGUUUUUAUUUAGCUACUCUUAUUCAUAUUUAAUAGUUCAUUAAUCUUUAUUUCUAGCACGUAGGCAGAUGAAUAGUCUACUUUUUCAGGCCUAUGGACAAAUACUUGCUUGUCCAAAUCAACCUGUGUUGGAGGAAGAGGCCAUUUCUCACUAUCUCCUUUUUCUCCCUGACCAGUUGAUGCUGCCUCAGUUCUACCAGCAGAGCUUUCCCUAGCCUGCUUCAAGGUAGUCUAGAAAGCAGCUAAGCCGGCAGAACUGUUGGGUUAGCAAGUAGCCAGCAGUGAAGGGAAGAGUAAACCAAAACAGGCAAAACUUCUGUGGUUUGGAGAUAACGGGGCAAUGGGCAUUUGCCCACACUUCAAGACUAUGAGAACUGAGAUCUUAAAUUGUUUUAAUACCCUCUCUUUUUUUAAGAUCUACACAGCUGACUGGAAGAGAGUUCAGGAAUAUGUGGUUUAUGUGCCACUUGGAACUCAAUUGGAAACAACUAGGCAUCGGAGUUUGCAAGCUUACUGAAGUUUAUUUUGCAGAAAGAAACUCUUACCUGGUUAGCUUUUUUUUAUUCCCCCUACCUUACAUGCAGACGAAGUUUUAUUCUUCUGAAACAUUUGCAACCUUGUCUUCAGCUAGUUUAUCAAUACCUAGAAAGUGAAGUUGACAAAAUUUACUGUGAAAGGGGGGGAAUAUGGAAUAGUUUUACUGUCACAUCAGAAACUGCAAACCAUAGGGAUGUGAAUUCCUAAAACUGAAAAGGCUUUACCAGUGCAAUCAAAUGUAUUGCUUAACAUAUGGAACUCAAACCUUUUCUUUUAUUCUGUAGUGGGUAUGAGCUGCACAGAAACACUUGUUCUUUUCACGAUUUAAACAAAAAAAAAAAAAGUAGUGACCUUAGUGUUUUGAUGUGUAAGAAAGAUUUCUGUACUUCAGGAAAGGUACAUGUUCACGUUAGUUUAAAAAGUCUUUACAGGGAAACUAACUUUAAACCCAUGUAUAAUUCCCCCCCCCCUUAAAGUCCUAUUCAUAUGCAAUAGAACUAAUUUGUUUUUAACAUCAGUGUAAUUCUUCUGCAGUUAUGAUUAUUGAAACUUUUUUUCAACAUAAUCUUGGUCAUUAAUCCAAAACAGGGUUCUCAGUCCAAUUUUUUCCAACAUUUCUGUAACAGGCAAGGCAAUUUCCUGUUCUGUAACUUUAGAUAAACACUGCAUUUUAGGAAAUUAAUUCAAAAUCGAUUAGGAUGUGUUUUUAAAUGACUGUUCCAAAGAAAUAAUCAUGUUGGAAAACAUUUAGAGUUGACAGGCAUGGCUCUGGCUCUGCAGAGAGAUCCUCAAUCUGGAUAUUGGGUCAAAGUGGAGUCCUGCUGACCUCAGGGAAGCUCUGUAAGGCUGCAUGUCGGGCUGCACUUAUCUGCAAGAGAAUCAGUUCCUUGUUCUGGUCCCUGAUCACUAGUGGGAACCGUUGUAGAACCCUCCAACUUUGUUGCCUGCAUACCUAGGUUUUCUUCCAGUGGAAACCAGGAUGUGGAUGAAGGGCUUGGAAGAGCAGCAAUUCAUGUUGACCUGGUGUGCACCACAUACUGUUUUGAUGUUCAAAAUGUGGCCAGAAAGCAGACCUAUGCUGCAGAAUUAGAGUUCCCGGUUCCUGUGCUUUAAAAGUAGCUUCAGGUUUAUGGAUAUUCUAGUGGAGUAGGGCCACAAAGACUUAAUGCAUGAAUAAUAUAUCUGUUUGUUUCUGGUAGAAUUAGAAGGCAGUUCAGCUUCCUGGCUUUAUGAACUUGACAGCCCAAAGGAUGAAACAAAGCCUUUUCAAAGGGUGAUAGUUUCAUAAAACCAUUAGACUUGUAGCACUUAAACGAAAAAACAAAACACCCUGGUAUUUUGAAAAAUUGGAACACAUGCAUUUAAUUGUAACUAUGUUGAUUUAAGAUUUAUUUUCUGAAGCUGAGUCAUCUUGGGAGAAAAAAAUGAGUAUUUGUCUAUGCAAGACACAGGUGUCAAAAACGUGUGAAUUACCCAUUUUUAGGUGCUGUAUUGUUAUUGUCUUUCUGACUUCUGUUACUUUGAUCAGUCUUUUAAAUUUUUUAGCCUUAUAUUCAGCUUAGUUUUUAGAGCUGAAUAGGCAAAAUGUAAUUUUGAAAUCUUGUUGGAAAUGUAAGUUACCAUUUCCUUAUGAAAAUCUCGCAUGUUAAACAAUUAAGUGAAAUGUUUUGGUUUCGUAAUAAUAAAUUCAAACUCUCACCACCUCCUAAAAACAGAGCAUAUCCAUGAAAAUGCACGUUUAAUUGUAGUGUGCAAAUGAUCAAAUCAUCAGCCUUGUGCUGAAUACAUUUUGAUUUUUACUGUUCAGUGUAGCUGAAUAGUAAAGCAGGUUUGUUUUGCCAAACUCAAAACUCAUUGUGAAUCCCUCCCCCCAUCCGCCUUUGGCUUGUUAAGCUCCUUCAGAUAGGUUUGGGGUUGUUUAAUUUUUAAGUCCUAAAGCAACAUGAUCAUCCAGUGUAAAGUGUAGUGAAAUCGGCACUAAUGUGUUUUUAAGUGAUUGCCCAAAUCAUGUUAUUUGUUCAUUCUUGUCACCUGGAAAUAUAAAAUCUGUUCCUUUUCUGAGACUUAGUUCUUUAGGACCUGCUGAGUGAUCGCAGCUGGCUUUGCCAGAGAAAAGCAAGGUGUGAGAAAGCAAUGAAAUGCCUUACCAACCUUGUAGACUACUAUAAAGAUACUGACUUCACGUUAAUAGAAUCCAGGUUACGUCACCCAUAAAUCUUUCUGUGAGUUAGCAACAUUUGGUCUACACAAUCGACAAUCUUUAAAAUGUGAACCCUGUAACUUUUUUUCCUUGGUUGUUAAGGGAUUUUGCAGCAACUGAUCUAUCAAGGGAUAAAAUUAAAAAUCAGAAUAUACUUCAUGGAUGACUUAUUUUUACACUACUGUUCUCUGUGAACUGAAAAAGCACAUUUAUAAAGCAAAGCAUUCACUUUUCUUUAACAUUAUUGUUUGGCUGAAAGACAAAUGUUUUUAAGAAAUCUUGAGCACACUUUCAAACUGCUUAACCAGUUCCAGGCCAGGGACAAUCCUCGGCCUUUUAAUUUGUUUGGGUUUUCUUGUUUAUGCAAAUGAAGAAAAAUGUUUUCUAGUUCUUACCAGUAUGGGGAUUUUUAUUAUGCUUUUGUAAUGCAGGAGCAGCUUCAAUGAAAGAAUUAGCAGGUAAAUAUUCCAUAAUAUGUGUGACUUCAUUUUUUUUGUUGUUGUUGUUUCAAAAUUGUUAAUUAAAAUGGCAUGGACAUCAAACUU